AUGGCGUCUUGGCUUCCUAUCCCUUCAAAGAGCCACUUCUCACUGGCAAACAUUCCCUUCGGCAUCAUCUCAACAUCCGCUGAACCAAGGCACCGUCCUGCAAUUGCAAUCGGCCAACAUAUCCUCGAUCUAUCAGUUUUCGCUCAAAACAAUGGUUUCUCCAAACUAGCUGAUUUUCCCUCUGAUCAACUCAAGGUCUUUUCUCAAACUACCCUUAACGACUUUGCCGCUCUUGGAAGACCCGUGCAUAGAGCUACACGCGCUUAUCUCCAGGAUAUCUUCCGCCAAGAAACUCCAUACCCUGAGAUUCUCAAGGAUAAUGACUCCCUACAAAAACAAGCUCUGGUUCCAAUUGGGGAUGUUCAGUCUCACUUGCCGCUUAGUAUCGGCGAUUAUACUGAUUUCUUCGCUGGCCGUAACCACGCUCAUACCGUGGGUACACUGUUCCGCGGCGCUGCAAAUGCUCUGCAGCCUAAUUACAACCAUCUCCCCGUCGCAUACCACGGCCGCGCAAGUUCCGUCGUGGUAUCAGGAACACCCCUCCACCGACCCUGGGGCCAAGUCCUUCCCAAUCCCCAAGCCAAAGAGCCUGUAUUCCAGCCCUGCGCUCGUCUCGAUAUUGAAUUGGAGCUUGGGAUGUUUAUCAGCAAGGGGAAUAAGCUUGGGGCUCCUGUGGAUGUGAAUAACGCGGAGGAGUAUAUUUUCGGAUAUGUUCUUAUGAAUGAUUGGAGUGCGAGGGAUAUUCAGCAGUGGGAUCCUUGGGUUGUUUUGGCGGAUGCGUUGGAGGGCUUUAGGGGAAAGGGUUUGGAGAAUGAAGUGCCGCCGAAGAAGUAUCUUGCUGAGAAGAGGGAGGACUCCAUUCUCGAUAUCAAUCUUGAGGUUUCCAUCACCACUGCCAAGGGCAACAAAACGAAAAUCACACAAGUCUCAUCCCAGAACCUCCUCUGGUCCUGGCCCCAAAUGAUCGCCCACCAUUCCGUAUCUGGGUGUAACCUGCGCACAGGAGAUUUACUCGGUUCAGGAACGAUUUCUGGUCUUGAGGCUGGAACGCAGGGAAGUCUUCUUGAGCAGACGAUGGGCGGGAAGCAGUUUGUCAAGUUGGAGGGAGGAGAGGAGCGGAAGUUUAUCCAGGAUGGUGAUAGUAUUACUAUUACAGGUUGGUCUGGUACUGCUGAUGAUGGGCUUGUUGGAUUUGGGGAGUGUGAGGGUACGAUUAUUGCUGCUGUUCCUAGGGAUUAG